ACAGACUGACAGGGAAUGCUGGGACUUGUAGUACUGAUGACAGCCUGUCAUCAAGUAGUACUUGUAGUACUGAUGAUAGGGAAUGCUGGGACUUGUAGUACAGAUGAUAGGGAAUGCUGGGACUUCUAGUAUCGAUGCCAGUAAUCCUGGAGCGGAGCCCCCGACAUGUGAAGACCCCGCCGAGCACUGACCGGAUCCAUCACUGUGUUAUUAGGGGGGGAUCUCCUCAUCAUCCACCACCAUGAGCUUCCUGAUCGACUCCAUCUUCAUGGUCAUAUCUCAGCUGCUGUUCUUCGGCUUUGGAUGGCUGUUUUUCAUGCGUCGGCUCUUUAAAGAUUAUGAGGUGCGGCAGUAUGUCGUCCAGGUCGUCUUCUCGGUGACCUUCGCCUUCUCCUGCACCAUGUUUGAGCUCAUCAUUUUUGAGAUCCUGGGCUUACUCAACAGCAGCUCUCGCUAUUUCCACUGGAAGCUCAACCUGUGCGUCAUCCUGCUGGUCCUCGUCUUUUUGGUGCCGUUUUAUAUCGGAUACUUCGUGGUGAGCAACAUUCGACUGUUGCACCGGCAGCGGCUGCUCUUCUCCUGCGCGCUGUGGCUCACCUUUAUGUAUUUCUUCUGGAAGCUGGGAGAUCCCUUUCCUAUCCUGAGCCCAAAGCACGGAAUCCUUUCCAUAGAGCAGCUCAUCAGCCGGGUGGGUGUCAUCGGGGUCACCCUGAUGGCCUUGCUCUCUGGGUUUGGUGCAGUGAACUGUCCCUACACCUACAUGUCCUACUUCUUAAGGAAUGUAACAGAAGCUGAUAUCCAGGCACUAGAGAGAAGACUACUGCAAACCAUGGAUAUGAUUGUCAGUAAGAAAAAGAGGAUAGCCAUGGUGCGGAGGAAUAUGUUCCAGCGAGGAGAAGUGCACAACAGACCAAGUGGAUUCUGGGGGAUGAUCAAGAGCGUGACGUCAUCAGCUCCUGGCAGUGAAAACCUGUCUCAGAUCCAGCAGGAGGUGGACGCUCUGGAAGAACUGAGCCGCCAGCUGUUUUUGGAGACGGCGGACCUGCACGCCACUAAGGAGCGCAUCGAGUACUCGAAAACCUUCCAGGGAAAAUACUUCAAUUUCUUGGGAUACUUCUUCUCCAUUUACUGCGUCUGGAAAAUCUUUAUGGCCACAAUCAACAUCGUCUUUGACCGCGUGGGGAAGACUGACCCAGUCACCAGAGGGAUCGAGAUCACCGUGAAUUACCUGGGCAUCCAGUUUGAUGUCAAGUUCUGGUCGCAGCACAUUUCCUUCAUUCUAGUGGGUAUCAUCAUCGUUACCUCCAUCAGAGGACUUCUUAUCACUCUCACCAAGUUCUUCUAUGCCAUCUCCAGCAGCAAAUCUUCCAACGUGAUUGUCCUCCUCUUGGCACAGAUCAUGGGAAUGUACUUCGUCUCCUCCGUGCUCCUGAUCCGGAUGAGCAUGCCCCUGGAGUACCGCACCAUCAUCACUGAGGUUCUGGGAGAACUGCAGUUCAACUUCUACCACCGCUGGUUCGACGUCAUCUUUUUGGUCAGCGCCCUGUCCAGCAUCCUCUUCCUGUACCUGGCACACAAGCAGGCACCAGAGAAGCACAUGGCUUUAUAAUCCGCGCAUCAACCACAAAUGAUUGCGUGUCCUGCCCUUGUCUCCUGGUGGUAACCUCUGCCGGUGUCUCCUCUGGUAUCUCCUGGUGGUCUUUCCUAGUGAUAUAUACUGGUGGUGUCUCCUGAUGGUAUACCAUGGCGGUGUUUCCUGUUGGUAUACCCUGCCGGUGUCUCCUCUGGUAUCUCCUGGUGAUAUAUACUGGUGGUGUCUCCUGGUGGUAUCUACUGAUGGUAUACCAUGGCGGUGUUUCCUGUUGGUAUACCCUGCCGGUGUCUCCUCUGGUAUCUCCUGGUGAUAUAUACUGGUGGUGUCUCCUGGUGGUAUCUACUGAUGGUAUACCAUGGCGGUGUUUCCUGUUGGUAUACCCUGCCGGUGUCUCCUCUGGUAUCUCCUGGUGAUAUAUACUGGUGGUGUCUCCUGUGAUAUCAGUCAGUAUCUCAGCCUGGUCUGGAGGAUACAUCCAUUGCACAGGAUCUGUGCUUAUCGACUCAUCUGACUUCGGGAAGUACCACACCAAACCUCUGAUUUGAGACAACUGACCACCACAACCCGAAUUUAAGGCCAUUUUCAAAUAUACUGCAGCCACAGAUGAAGCGUAAUAAUAUUAUGAAGAAAUUCUCUAUGAUUUAAAUUCACCUUUUUUGAGCACCUUCACAAAUUGCACUGCAGGUCUCCAUGAUCUGAGAGGAGCCUAUAGCUCUGGUCAUCUUGAACUGCUGGAACUGAACGGCAGAGCUACAGUGAAGACUGACACACAGGAAAAAGGAAGGGGGGGGGAGGUGAUGUUUACCUUGUAAACCCUGUGGUUACUGUAAUGGCCGGCAUUGGCCCUUGUCGCUCAUGUAGCAGCCCAAGAUGACAGUUGAUUAAAGAACAAUUCCCCAUAAAUAAAAAAAAAAGUAAAUAUAAGGAA